AUGAGCAAAAAGGAAGGAAAAAAAGGUUUCUUUGCUAUCAAAAUUGACUUAACCAAAGCUUAUGAUAAGCUUAAUUGGGAAUUUAUUUGGAGAACUCUUGUUGAGAUUAAGCUGCCUGAUAACAUGAUUAAUUUUAUCGUGCACGGAGUUUCAAGUGUAGAAACCAACGUUAAUUGGAAUGGCAAUAGAGUUGAUUUCUUUAGGCCGUGUCGUGGUAUCCGUCAGGGAGAUCCUAUAUCCCCGUAUUUGUGUGUUCUCUGUUUGGAUAAACUUUCUCACUUAAUUGAACAUGAGGUUAACAUAAAGAGUUGGAGGACCAUGCGCCUGGGCACGCAAGGGAUUAAUAUUUCGCACCUGAUGUUCGCGGAUGAUCUGUUGCUGUUUGGAGAGGCGUCCGAAAACCAAAUGAUGUGUGUUAAGAAGAUUUUACAUGAUUUUUUCCUUAUGUCUGGUCAGGAGAUUAGUAAGGAUAAGUCAAGUAUACCUCUUAAGGGUAAGAUUCUAAAGAAGGGUAAUUUCAAUUAUAUUAUAGAACAAGUCUCUAUGAAGUUAUCUGGAUGGAAAGCUCGUCAUCUCUCGUUUGCAGGCAGAAUGGCUUUAGCAAAGAGCGUCAUGGAAGCUAUUCCUAUUUAUUCGAUGAUGACUAACCUUCUUCUGAAGGCGUGUAUCAAAGACAUUCAAAAACUCCAAAGGAACUUUAUUUGGGGUGAUACUGAGGAUAGCAAGAAUUAUCAUGCUUUACUAGACCAUGGUAAAUGGAAGAUUGGUAAUGAGGCUGAUGUUAGGGCUUGGUAUGACUGUUGGAUUGAAGAUGGUAAGGAUAUCCUUGAUUACAAUGUUAAUAUUCCUAUGCACUUACAAAAUUCUCGUGUGAAAGAUUUGAUGGAUGCCAAGGGUGAUUGGGACUGGAAUAUAAUGGAGUGUUGGCUGCCGGAUAAUCUGAAGCAGAAGAUUGCAGCCAUUGUGUCGCCUUCAGUAAAUGCUACUAACGAUCAGUUCAGAGUCGCUAGUGAAGAGAACGGUUUGUGCACUGUUCCUGAAAGAGUCAGGUAUUUCAUUUGGCUUAUGAACAAUGAUAGGCUUAUGACAAAUUACAGGAAAAUCAGUAUUGGUAUUGGCGGAGCUGCUUCAUUGCGGGCACUUUCUUUAAGCUGCAGUGGCAUGAGUGGAUUAGAUUUAACAUUUUUCGAGACCGCAUGA